UUCGUAAGUUAUUUCGUUUAGUUAGUUUUAGUACAUCAUCCACAAAAUUAAAAUGGCUUUUUUCAACACUUUUGCGUUAGUACUUUGUGCGUUCACCAUUAGUGUUUUUAGUGCACCGUCUGAGGAAAAUCGAGGGAGUUUCAGAGUCCGACGAAACGUUUGUGACUGUGCUUGUGGCGUAAGCAACAGACAGAUGAGAGUAGUUGGUGGAGAAGUGACCAAAAUUAAUGAAUUUCCUUGGAUCGGCGGGCUCAGUAAAGGAGGCGAAUUUCUAUGUGGGGUGACCCUAAUUACCAAGAAGCACGUUAUUACAGCAGCUCACUGUGUCUCUGGUUUUGACAUGAGAGAAUUGAACAUUGCCUUCUCCGACCACGACAGAACCGCCGUCAAUCGUUUCUCCCGUAUAACCGUACGCGGCGUGAAGAAAAUUAGAGAACACGAAGCCUUUGAUGCUUAUACAUACAACAACGACAUCGCAGUGCUGGAACUGGACGAACCUGUUGACUUCGGUUCUUCAAUACAGCCAAUCUGUUUACCGGAAGCAGGUGCCGACUAUUCAGGAAGAAUUGCCCUUGUAGCGGGAUGGGGAAGAACUGCAGAACAAUCUAAACCAUCCAACGUAUUGAGAAAAGUUGCUGUGCCAGUGUGGAGCAAGAAAGAGUGCAUCAGCUCCGGCUACGGAGAAAGGAAGAUCUCAGAAAAUAUGUUUUGUGCCGGCUAUCCUGACGGAGAGAAAGACGCCUGUCAGGGAGAUAGUGGCGGACCUUUACACAUGAGCAAUGAACUUGGAGAUAUGGAAUUAAUAGGUGUUGUUUCGUGGGGUAGAGGAUGUGCCAGGCCCAAUCUCCCUGGCGUAUACACCAAAGUAACGAACUAUUUGGACUGGGUUUAUGAAACUUUAAACGGCGAAUGUGUCUGUAACAGGAAGGUUUAGUAACAAACGUUCCUCAAUUCAAUUGUCUAGUCUAAUGUGUUUAGAAUCGAUUUAUUGUUAACUAUCGUCCUAUUUACGUGGGCGUUGCUAAAGAAAUAUUUUAAUGUUGUAAAACUUACCGACUGAUAAAUUUAGUUAAGUGAAACUGUUUAGAUAAUUAAGUAGAAUUUGAAAUAUGUGCCAAAGAUACCUACAUAUAUAAUAUAUAUUGUAAUUUAAAAAAUGGUUUUAUUUCUAA